CCGGCUUUGCACUGUAAGAACCUUUUAAGAGAACAAUGGAGAUGGAGUUGGAGAGGAAAAUGAUUGAAAAUGAGGAGGAAGAGAAGAGAAAUCAUGAGAUUAAGAAGAAGACGAAGCUUGGAGGGUUCAGAACAAUGCCAUUUAUCCUUGCAAGUGAAAUAUGCGACAGAUUUGCUACCUCUGGUUCUCAUGCUAACAUGAUAACUUACUUGACCCAAGAGCUAAACAUGCCGCUCGUGAAGGCAUCCAACACCCUCACAAACUUUGCAGGAACCGCCAGUUUCACGCCACUCAUCGGUGCUCUGAUUGCCGACUCCUUCGCCGGCCGGUUUUGGACUAUCAUCGUUGGUUCUGUUAUAUAUGAACUGGGACUGGUGAGCAUCACAAUAUCAGCACUCUUGCCACAGUUUCGUCCCCCACCGUGCCCAACUCAAGAGAAUUGCAAGGAAGCCUCAAACUCCCAACUAUGGGUUCUCUACAUCUCGCUCCUCCUCCAAUCUCUUGGCUCUGGCGGUAUCAGGCCAUGCGUGGUUACCUUUGCCGCCGACCAGUUUGACAUGAGCAAAUCAAAACAGGGAGCUCGGGGCUGGAAUUUCUUCAACUGGUACUAUUUCAGCAUGGCAAUGGCCACGCUGACAGCUCUAACCGUCGUGGUUUAUAUCCAAGACAACGUCGGGUGGGGUUGGGGUCUCGGACUUCCAACGGUUGCCAUGGCUCUGUCAAUCAUAGCCUUUGUUUUCGCUUCUCCUCUUUAUAAUAAAUUGAAACCGGGAGGAAGUCCGUUGGUUAGGUUGGCUCAGGUGAUUGCUGCUGCUGCGAAGAAGAGGAAAGCACCUGUACCCGCGGAUCCAUCACUCUUGUAUGAAAACAAAGAGCUUGAUGCUGCUAUUUCUUCCAAUGGAAGGCUUAUACAUACAAAACAGUUCAAGUGGUUUGAUCGAGCGGCUAUAGUAACUGAAGAUGACAACAAAAGCAGCGACUCAAAUUACCAGCAGCAGCCAAUCAAUCUAUGGAGGCUAGCCACCAUUCAUCGAGUGGAAGAGCUAAAGUCCAUCAUCCGGAUGCUACCCAUCUGGGCAGCCGGAAUACUACUGGUGACUUCACAUUCACAUCUCCACAGCUUCACCAUCCAACAAGCUCGGACUAUGGAUCGCCAUUUCUCCCACCACUCAACAUUCCAGAUGCCUCCGGCCAGCUUGUCAAUCUUCAGCAUCCUAGUCGUGCUGGUCGGGCUCGUAGUGUACGAACGCCUUUUUGUCCCCAUUGCUCGUCGGUUCACAGGAAACCCUGCUGGAAUCACAUGCCUGCAGAGAAUGGGGGUAGGCUUUAGUGUCAACAUUCUUUCUACCAUUGUUUCAGCCCUAGUAGAGAUCAAGAGGAAAGGGGUUGCAGCAAAUCACGGCUUGCUAGACAAACCGCGAGCCGUUAUACCCGUAAGUGUGUUUUGGUUGGUGCCUCAGUUUUGCCUCAAUGGGGUGGCCGAGGUUUUCAUGUCCGUUGGGCACCUGGAAUUUCUCUAUGACCAGUCACCGGAAAGCAUGAGAAGCACGGCGGCAGCACUCUACUGGAUAGCAACAUCCAUCGGAAACUAUAUAGGUACACUGCUAGUGUCUUUAGUACACAGUUUUACCGGGAAAGAAAGGAAUUGGCUACUGGACCGGAAUCUUAACAGAGGAAGAUUGGAUUACUAUUACUGGCUUGUCACAGGAAUACAAGUAAUAAAUCUCAUAUAUUAUGUAUUUUGUGCCUACUUUUAUACUUAUAAGCCCCUGGAAGAGGAGGUAAAAGAUCAGAAUGGAGAUGAUAGUGUUGCAUUCAAGCCAUUGAAUUCUGAGAAAAGUCCAAAUAUUGGCCAAGCAGUAGUGGAGCUCCAAAGAAAUGAUCAGUCUGUUUAAAGUGAUCCAUCAGUACCAUAAUUAUAGAUGUUGUAUCAUGCAUGCAUAUAGAAAUUUAAUUUGUAGUAUUUUCUCGCAGAUUAAGUAUGUGCACGGAACAAGGUGGUGACAUAGGUAUAAAUAAAAUUAAAUAACUUUACCUUAAUUUUAUUUUCGUGUAAGAACAAUGAUACAUCAUCCAAAUUCAAAAUA